GCUCUCGUGUAGGCGGAAGGAGUUUUGUUUUGAUAAAACAAGCAUGGAUGCCGGUGAAGUGACAAGAAAGAGUCGGUCCUUAAAGUCCAAGAAGAAAGGUGGAAAGGGAACCCAAGCUAUUUCGGCAGAGGAUGAAGCGAAAAGGAGGGAAGCUGUUAAAGAACAACUCCGACAGAAGCUUGAGUUGGAGUGUAAAGCCCGGCAGGUGGUUGAGCGGCUGCUGGAGGACAGCGUGACAGAAGAGUUCCUCAUCGACUGUGCCUGGCACAUCACUCCUGCCAACUACAAAGACACCGUGGAAGAGCGAUCCAUCGCUAAACUGUGUGGAUAUCCCACAUGCCCAAAUAAAUUAACCAAUGUGCCCACUCAACAGUAUAAAAUAUCCACCAAGACAAAUAGAGUCUAUGAUAUUACAGAGCGCAAGUGCUUUUGCAGUAAUUUCUGCUACAAAGCCUCCAAAAGUUUUGAGCUCCAGAUAUCAAAGAUUCCACUUUGGCUCCGAAAGGAGGAGAGUCCACCUGAGAUUAAGCUGAUGAAACAAGGAGAUGGAGGCAGCUCAGGAGAGGAGAUAAAGCUGAUUGACAAACCUAUAACAGAAGCAGACAUCGACAAUCCCAUUGUGGACAUUCUCGAGUCUAACAAGGACUUCAUGCAGAGUGAAAACAGUGAUGCCGAACAAGACUUUGUCUCCAGUGUGGUGUCCAAUCAGCACAAACAAGUUCACUGGGGAAAGCUCCCAAAGAGAGACGAAGUGAGUGAAGAUGCUGCUGAAUAUUCACAUCCAGAACCUGAACAAAGACUCAAUGGAGACAAUAAAGAUGAAAACGAAUCUUCACAAGCUCCUCAACCACAAAGCAAAACAAGUGACAGUCCUGCACUGGAAAAAAACACCUCUGAAAAUGAAAUUAAAGGGACUUUAGAGCUUUUAAAUCAGACCAAAUCAACCCAACAGGAAGCUGAAAACACAAGCUUUUCACCGCCUGAAAAUAAAAUCUCUGUUCCUGUGGCUGGUGGUCUGAACAUCACUCAGGUGGGAAUGAGUAAAAGAUCAGCUGCAGGCCUCAAAAGCCUGUUGAAGGAACAUCAUAAAGCUAAAACGGCUCCUACAGCCAUCAGUCAGUGUCUUCUGGAGCGUCUGGGACAAGCAUUUAUGGAGUGGAGAACUGAGGAAACCAUGAGGUUUCUUUAUGGACCGGAUUACGCCUCAGGGAUGCAACCGUCUACAGCAGGAGCACUGGAAGAAGAGGAGGAGGAUCUGGAUGAAGAUGACCUGGAUGAGGCUGAGGUGGGGGUGAGACCAUCUGAUGGAGGAUCUUCCAGACCCAGUGCUCCAGUUCCUGAUGUGGAGAAACUGAGGAAAGAGACGGAGAUGCUGGAGCUGAGAGUGAAGGAGUUUUAUAAAGGAGUGUGUGUUCUGCCAGAAGAGGUCGAGACAGCUGCCGCUAAAGAUAGUGAACACACACAGGACAGUGGGAAAGAUCCCCCUCUGCCCUUGGUUGAUUCUCACGCACAGCACCAGAUUCAGAAACGCAUUGUUGUGGAGAAGCUCAGCCACAGCUUGAGAGAUAUUGUCGGACCCCUUCGUCUAACAAUGAGUGAUGUCAUCAAUGAUGUAAACAAUUUGGUCCGGACAUUCAGAUUUACAAACACAAACAUCAUUCACAAAAGCCCAGAGUGGACAUUAAUUGCUGUGGUUCUUCUGUCAGUGUUAACAGAAGUGUCACCAUUGUUGCGAGAGUCGCUGGCGAGUGUGUCUUCAUUAGAAUACAUCUCCUGUUUCAUGAACGAGCUGAAACUGGAGGAAAAAGAUCUUCACAACCUUGUGCUGCUCUUCAAACCAUGUGUCCCUUCACAAACAUGAUGUACAGAACACUCUUUUAGAGAUGAAAAUAAAAACCUGUCUGGACACAA